ACUUUCAUUCUUCUAAAAUGGUGACGAGAGGAAGGAGGAAGAAAAGACGGCCUGUUUAGAUGACUCAGUGUGGUUUAUCUGGAGGUCCAUCCCAUCCUGGGGUCCACCCCUGAGCUGCCCUGGAGCUCUACCCCUCUUCUCAACCCUCCAGGACCGAGGCUAGCUCUCCAGGCGGUGAUGGCUGUCUCACCAUCUUCUCUGCCAAUAUGGGCCUUGUCCCUCCUCAUCCUCUUCCAGAUGCCCUCUCAGGGCUCAGCAAAGUUCACCGUGAAAGGACCGGAUGAGCCUGUGGUUGCUAUGCUGGGGGCGGAAGUUGAGUUACCCUGUCACCUGGACCCCCAGAUGAAGGCUGAGCACAUGGAAGUGAGAUGGUACCGGGAUGAUGUCUCCAACGUGGUUCAUCUCUAUCGGGAGGGGAAGGAUCUGGAUGAGGAACAAAUUCCGGAAUAUGCAGGAAGAACAGAGCUACUGAAAGAGGGCCUAACCGAUGGAACGGUGACUUUAAGACUCCAUAACGUCUUGAUCUUGGAUGACGGGAAUUAUGUUUGUUACGUUCAAGAUGGUGAAUUCUAUGAACAAGCUAUAAUUCACCUAAGUGUAACAGCCCUGGGCUCUCAACUUCAGAUCCGCAUGGCCGGGCAGGAGGGCGACGGGAUCCGGCUGGUGUGCAGCUCCUCUGGUUGGUUCCCCGAGCCCCGGCUGCGGUGGACGGACCACCGAGGACAGGAGCGUCCCUUGAUGGCGGAGUCACAGUCUCGGGACCGAGCCGGCCUGUUCCGAACGGAAGGGUCUCUGCUGGUCACAGACAGAUCCACAUCCACCGUCUUCUGCUCUGUCUGGAAUCCCGUCCUUGACCAGGGGAAGGUGACAGAGGUUUCCAUAGCAGAGUCCUUUUUCCCGAGGGUUUCUCCGGUGCUGGUGGCUCUGGCUGUGAUCCUUUCUCUUCUGGGCCUUCUUCUCAUUGGAACCACCUACAUCAUCUGGGUCCAACGCCGGGAAAAAAAUAAACUAGUUUCAGAACACAGAGAACAAACAGAUUACCUAAAAGGAAGGCUCGAUCGCUUUUACCUGUCAUACUGAUUAUAAAUGGAAGAUGCAACUCUGGAUUCGGACAAGACCCAUCACACAACGCACCGGGCGAAGAGGAGCAGGGUCGGCAUCCCCUUCGCCCUCGUCACAUGGGAUCACAUCCGGCCUCAUCCCUUCUCCUCCUGCCUAGGGUCAGUGGGGCUGGACCGGUCUCCACGGAGUUAAGGGUAACGGCUGCCGUGAUCACCUGGAGUUCUGCCAGAGACCUGUCCAGACCCCAGUGAGGUCAGCCCGCGGAGUCAAGACGAUCCAACUACUGCUUGGGUGCCAGGCCCUGGAUGGGAUGGGGUGCUGCGGAGUUGGAAGGGGGAAACACACACUCAAGUAGCACAGUGCAGAAGCUUUGAUAAUACCAAUCCUAAUGAUGGUAUUGGUUCAGCACUUACUAUGUGCAAAGCACUGUUCUAAGCGCCGUCACAGGGCAGACAAGUGGC